AUCAAACCGUAGAAUAAAUGUGUAGUCCAAAGAUGGCGCUACCCGGUACUUUACUCGUGCGUCUGAGAGCUGUCUGCAACCUUGGGAAAUAUGUCGAAAGGAGAAGUAAAGCUGGUUUAAAUGUGACAGAUGUGCGGUGGUACAAGACAAACCCCCGUUCCCUUCAGGACAGCACGCCUCCCGUCAAACAGGGUAACGCAGAUCUUCUUAAGGAGUUCCGCGACCCGAAAGGCCUUCUUAAUAACAUCAUCUCCCGGUCACUGGGAGUCAACGACCUGUCUCAGUUGAUCCAGUACAACUGCACAGAGCAUGGAGAUGUCAAGAGAGCCACUGUCACGGUCAUGUGGCCCAGCAGAAUGGAGAUGGAGGGCAUCGCCCCAAAGAAGAUCGAUGCCGAGCGAUUCGCUGCAGCCGCUGCAUGUCACAGGUUGAGAGAAUUGGGUGUGCUCGGUCCUGAGAACGAAUUGCCCAGCAGGAGGGCAGCUCGAAGCAGGGGGGCCUUGGUGUCCCAGCUGUAUGAAUCGGAGGACGGCGACAUGAGAGACCCUGCUGCUGCUGCUGCUGCUGCUGCUGCUGCUGCUGCUGCUGCUGCUUCUGCUGCUGCUGGUGGUGAAUCUGCUUCAGCUCCUCCCGGAGGCUUCUCCCCGUCCUACUCCGAAGUGCUCUCCCUGUUUCCCCGGCCCAAAGAGCUGCUGAGCAGAGUCAUCCAGGUGGCCACGUCGUCAAACACGCCCAAGGAGUAUCUUCAGUACAGGAGCACGGGAGGGAAGGUGAAGAGGUGUGAGCUCACCAUUCUGUGGCCGGAGGAGUUCAAGGUCACGGCGACGGCCAGCAACAAGGUCACAGCAGAGAGGAGAGCUGCCGCGAUGGGCUGCAUGAGGAUGAAGGAGCUGGAGCUGCUGGACAAGGACAACAACGCGCUGACCCACGCCUCGUACCACCGUCAGGAGGUGAGGGCGGCGGGGGAGCGGGAGAGGAGGCCCGUGUCGCUGCACAUCCCUCAGCACCUGGAGGACAGCAUGAGGGACUACCUCGCCCAGUACCCGGUGGCGAACGAGAUGCAGAGGCUGUAUGAGGAAGAGGAGCAAGCCCAGAAGACCCUCAGCCAAGAAGAGGCACUGGCAGGAAAGGACGAGGGGGAGGCGGCGGAGGACCUGCUGACGGACGCCAUCACCGGCCGCCAGCGCCGCCCCCUCACGGCCCAGCAGGAGGAGCAGCUCAGCGGCGAGCUGUGGGAGCGCUGGGAGCGGGCGGACCCGGGCCUGGGCGUGGCGCUGCCGGUGGACGGGCACCGGGAGCGCGUGGUGUCGGCGGUGGAGGCGUCCCGGGUGGUGGUGAUCGCCGGCGAGACGGGCUGCGGCAAGACCACGCGCAUCCCCCGCUUCCUGCUGGAGGGGCGCGUGCGCGGCGGCGACGGCGGCGGCUGCAACGUCCUGGUCACCCAGCCGCGGCGCAUCAGCGCCGUGUCGGUGGCCCAGCGCGUGGCCCAGGAGAUGGGCCCCGCGCUCAAGGGCUCCGUCGGCUACCAGGUGCGUCUGGAGAGCCGGCCCCCGGAGCAGAGCGGCGGCGCCCUCCUCUUCCUCACGGUGGGCGUCCUGCUGAGGAAGCUCCAGGGGAACCCAAGCCUGCGGGGGGUGAGCCACGUGGUGGUGGACGAGGUGCACGAGCGCGACGUCAACACGGACCUGCUGCUGGCGCUGCUGCGCUCGGCCCUGCGGGAGAACCCCGGCCUGCGCGUGGUGCUCAUGAGCGCCACCGGGGACAACGGCCGGCUCUCCCGCUACUUCGGGGACUGCCCCGUGGUCAAGGUGCCGGGCUUCAUGCACCCGGUGCAGGACCGCUACCUGGAGGAGGUGCUGCAGGAGAUGAGCAGGAGCCCUCGCCCGCCGCCGCCGCCGACGCGGACCAAGAGGGGCCCGCCCCCCCCCCCGGGGAAGGAGGGAAAAGAGGAGGCUGCGCCAGACCUGGAUCUGGUGGCUGAUGUGAUCGAACACAUCGACAGACACGGAGAGCCAGGUGCGGUGCUGUGCUUCCUGCCUGGCUGGCAGGACAUCAAGGCGGUCCAGGAGAGGCUGGAGUCUAGGCCCCGGUUUGCCUCGGGCUCCCAGAUGCUCGUGGCUUUGCACUCCAGUUUAUCAGUGGCCGACCAGCAAGUCGUGUUCCAGCGCCCCCCGCUGGGCCGAAGGAAGAUCGUCCUGGCCACCAACAUCGCGGAGACGUCCAUCACCAUCGACGACAUCGUUCACGUGGUCGACGCGGGAACGCAGAAGGAGCAGAACUACGACCCGCGCACAAAGGUCUCGUGUCUGGACACGGUGUGGAUCUCGCGCUCCAACGUCACCCAGCGGCGAGGCCGGGCCGGGCGCUGUCAGCCGGGCCACGCCUACCACCUGUUCUCCCAGGAACGCCUGGAGUCCAUGCCCAGCUUCCCCAUACCCGAGAUCCUGCGUACCCCCCUGGAGAGCCUGGUGGUCCAGGCCAAGGUUCACAGUCCAAACCUCAAGGCGGUAGAUUUUCUCUCCCAGGUGUUAGACAGUCCAGAGAAAGAUGCUGUGAAAGAUGCGGUGCGAACCUUACAAGACAUCGGGGUUCUGGACAGGACGGAGAACCUGACGCCACUCGGCGAGCGCGUGGCGGUCCUGUCAUGUGACCCGCGGCUGGGCAAAGUGCUGGUGCUGGCGUCCAUGUUCCGCUGUGUCAUGCCCAUCCUGUCGGUGGUCGCCUGUCUGACCCGGGACCCCUUCUACAACAGCAUGCAGAACCGAGGUCUGGUCUGUAAGGCCAAAGACGCUCUGAGCGGCUCCGGCCACAGUGACUACCUGGUGCUCAGCCGCGCGGUGCAGGGCUGGAGAAGGGUCCAGCAGGAGGGCGACCGGCAGGACCGGCAGUGCUAUCUGGAGGACUACGUCCUGUCGGGGGCGAGCCUGCGCUUCGUCAACGGUCUAAUCAAUCAGUUCAGUGAGAACCUGUACCAGGCCCAGCUGGUGUCGCGGGCCAGCGAGUGCCAGCGGGCGGCGUCCCUCUACAACCAGCAGAGCCACCAAGACGAGCUGGUCAAGGCCGUGCUGCUGGCUGGCCUCUACCCCAACCUCAUCCAGGUGAAGAAGGGAGUGGUGACCAAAGGAGGCCGUUUCCGUGCCAACGGCCUAGCUUACCGCUCGCAAACUGGACCGGUCAUGCUGCACCGUGCGUCGGUCAACAGGGGGAAGAACCAGCUCCCAAGCCGCUGGCUGACGUUCUUCAGCGCGGUCAAGUCCAGUGACAGCGUGUUCAUCCGGGACUCGUCUACCGUGCACCCGCUCGCCCUCCUGCUGCUCACCGACGGGGACAUCGUCGAGACCGUGCGAGGGCAGCGUGUGGAGGUGUCGUUCCCCGGCCGCUCCCUGGUGCGCUGUGAGCUGCCCGUGGACAGCUGGGAGCUGCUGUGGGAGCUGCGCACGAGCCUGCAGACCAUGCUGCACCGCAACCUCAGCCGGCCCGACGGCCCCCGGGCCGCCGGCGCCGCGGCGCAGGACGCGCAGCUCAUCGACCUGCUGGUGCAGCUGCUGAACCACGACGCCGAGACGCACCCGUUCAGGGGCGAGCACGGCGGGGACGGCGGCGGCGGCAGCAGCGACGGGGACAGUGACAGCGAGGUCGACUGAUUCUAAUGCGGCUUGGCUAUGUUAUUAAAGUUUGAAUGAAGUGUAAGAGUUGGAAAGUGAGAAAGUGUGUGUGUGUGUGUGUGGCAUUGUAUUGUACAGAGAAUGGUUGUUCUUUAACAAAGUGUGACAAUGUUCAUUGCUUAAAUCAUUUGUUACUGUAGUGUGCUGUAUGUGGAGAUUUUUUGGUGGUGCAUAACAAAUCCAGUGUGUACUGCUCUAUUCCUUUUUGUAAAUAUGACCAUGUAUCAAUGAGGUCAGGUUCCUAGUGGUGCGUCGCACCGUGUUUGGAAUCGAUUUGUCGAUGGGCGAUCAUUGUUUUGCUUCGUAAAGCAGAUGUUGCGUUUCACCGUGUGAACGAGAAGUCAUGAAUCUGUCUAAUAAUUUAUUGAGUCGAAAAUUAAAACAUCAGAAGUACGUGUAA